UAUCGAAUCUAUUUACAACCGCAAAAGGAGAAAGAGCCAGCUCUCGCAAUCUGCAGCGCUCAUAUUUUCUCAUCUUUUACAGAAAAUGGGCUUGUGGACGAUAUUGGAAGGGUUUUUACUUCUUGCAAAUGCUUUGGCAAUAUUAAACGAGGACCGUUUUCUUGCUCCUAGAGGAUGGAGUUUCUCGGAAUUCUCUGUGGGGAGGACAAAGUCAUUUAAAGGGCAGCUUAUUGGUCUCAUUUACGCCACUCAAUACAUGAGAGUUCCUCUCAUCCUACUCAAUGCAAUCUGCAUUUUUGUUAAGCUAGUUUCUGGUUGAUGCUGUUCUAGAAAUCUUGAAAUGGAAUUUGAAGCAUAGGGAUAUUCAGAUGGUUGUGAAAGACAAAAGCAGUCAGUUCAAAAUUUAGGUGAUAUAUCUGUUUUUUUUUCCUUAUAGGUUUGUAUCUUCAUUUUUAAAUUCGAAAUCGAGGUUUCAUGAUGGGAUUUUAUUGCCUGGAAUUUGUGAUAAGUGAAUAGCUCUAGCAUUUGUAUCAUUUGGGGAC